AUGCAGAAGCCGAGUGACAUGGACCGUUCAGAAAGAAAGAGGCAGUACGCUGCCCUGCGUCGUGCCAUUAUCAAAGAAGCAUCUCCGGAGCUAGUUGCUAAAUUCUCCCUGGCUAGUGACAAAGAAAGGUUUUCUAUGCUGAAAGCCUGGGUGCAAAACCAGGACUUGGGGGAGAUCGAAAUAGAAGAAAAAUACAGAAGUUGGGUUGCGAACCUUCGCACAGACCGUUACGUUACGGUAACGAUGCUGCAGUUGGAGAAGAUCUACGGGAAGUCGACGGAGGCCAAGAAGUUCAUUGAAGAGCUGUGCCGUGGACAGACUGGGGUGCCACACCCCCAGGCGCCCAACGUGAAGAAGGCAAGAAUGUUUAAGGUGCUUCGAGAGGUUCUUGAAGAGAACUCUUCGGGAUCUCAAACCACCAGCUCCGCAAGCAUUUCGGGACGUGUCAAAGAGGCCGCAGCCAAGGGACUCCUAAGCAAACAGCUUGGUGGUCUGAAUACUGAUGUGGCAUUCUUCAACACAACCACGGGGGUGAUCAAAUCGAAGAAAGCCAAGAAAGAAAAAACCCCGGAAGAGGAAUGCUUAGCUGAUAUGAAGAAACUCCAGAAGAAGUUCUUUGACGUACAUCAACGAUACCAUGUUAUAUUUCUUUUAUGGUCAAGGGGAAGUGGGAUAGAUGCACCAUUAUUACGGGAUUAUUUCCUCUAA